UGAAGGUAUAAAUGAUGGGAGCGCCACGCAGCCGCUGGAGCAAACGCCGAGCGCGGGGGCCCGUGGAGCUGGAGCAACGUCUCAGAGCAGAGGGAGACCCACCACCUCGGAGGUGCCAGCACAGGGGUGAAGGAUGCUGCUCUGGGUGUUCUUCCUCGUGACCCUCACCCUCAGCAGCGGCUCCCACGGCUCCCCACCCUCCCAGCCCCUCAGGAUGCCGAGGUACGCAGACGCCAUCUUCACCAACAGCUACCGGAAGGUGCUGGCCCAGCUGUCUGCCCGCAAGCUUCUCCAGGACAUCAUGAGCAGGCAGCAGGGAGAGAGAAACCAGGAGCAAGGAGCAAAGGUACGGCUUGGCCGUCAGGUGGACAGCAUGUGGGCAGACCAAAAGCAGAUGGCAUUGGAGAACAUCCUGGUGACCCUGCUGCAGGAGCACAGGAAUUCCCAAGGAUGAAGGUUCUGCAUAUGUUUCCUGCUCCCUGCAGCUGAGACACAACAGCAUCCGAUUAAUCCUAUUUCAUUUCUGACCUACCUUUUCCUUUAUAAAUACAAUAAAAUUCCC